CUCUCAUUCCCCCGGAACACCCCGGGCUGGCUCCGGGGGCCGUCUCUCAGGCCCCGCCGAGGAGGAAGGGUUGGAAGUGUGUGUGUAGGGGGGACCGGCUCCCUGCUGGGGGUUCCCGGGCCUCUCCUCGGCUCUCGGGGUUCCCCGGCUACUCCCUUUCCCCCGUCGAGGCUCAGCCCUGGCCGCGCUCGCCGUUUCCAGGCCGUUGCAGCCGGUUGGAGAUGCUGCGUGUGGUUCGGGAGCAGAGCUGUUGACUUAAUCUGCACUAAAUCCCACUUUUUUAAGGCGGAUCACCGUUCUCUGUGGCAGUAGCAGGGAGGAGCAGCUCAUCAUGCCGACGGUGGUGGUGAUGGACGUGUCGCUCUCCAUGACCCGGCCGGUGUCGGUGGAGGGCUCGGAGGAGUACCAGCGGAAACACCUGGCUGUCCACGGCCUGACCAUGCUCUUCGAGCACAUGGCCACCAACUACAAGCUGGAGUUCACGGCCUUGGUGGUGUUCUCCUCGCUCUGGGAGCUGAUGGUGCCCUUUACGAGAGAUUACAACACGCUGCAGGAAGCCCUGAGUAACAUGGAUGAUUAUGACAAAACCUGUCUAGAGUCAGCGCUGCUGGGGGUUUGCAAUAUUGUCCAGCAGGAAUGGGGUGCAGCAAUUCCUUGCCAGGUUGUUCUUGUCACUGAUGGCUGCCUGGGGAUCGGCAGAGGCUCCCUGCGCCACUCGCUCGCUACUCACAGCCAGCGAAGUGAGAGCAACCGCUUUCCGCUGCCUUUCCCCUUCCCGUCCAAGCUGUACGUCAUGUGCAUGGCAAAUCUCGAAGAGCUUCAAAGCACAGAUUCCUUAGACUGUCUGGAACGGCUCAUAGAUUUAAACAAUGGGGAAGGGCAGAUUUUCACCAUUGAUGGACCCCUUUGCCUGAAGAAUGUACAGUCUAUGUUUGGAAAGCUAAUAGACCUGGCUUAUACACCAUUCCACGCUGUUCUCAAGUGUGGCCACUUAACAUCUGAUGUGCAAGUAUUUCCGAGACCAGAACCUUUCAUAAUAGAUGAGGAAAUAGACCCCAUCCCUAAGGCAAUUAAUACAGAUCUAGAAAUUGUUGGUUUUGUAGAUAUAGCUGACAUUUCUAGCCCUCCUGUCUUGUCCAGACACUUGGUGCUGCCCAUUGCACUGAACAGAGAAGGUGAUGAGGUGGGACCUGGGAUCACAGAUGACACGGAAGAUGAGAAUUCAGCUAAUCAGAUUGCUGGAAAAAUCCCCAACUUCUGUGUUUUAUUACAUGGCAGCCUGAAAGUGGAAGGCAUGGUGGCUGUCGUCCAGUUGGGGCCAGAGUGGUAUGGAAUGCUCUAUUCACAAGCUGACAGCAAGAAGAAAUCAAACCUCAUGAUGUCACUUUUUGAACCUGGUCCUGAGCCCCUUCCGUGGCUGGGGAAAAUGGCACAGCUUGGACCUAUUUCAGAUGCAAAAGAAAAUCCUUAUGGAGAGGAUGACAAUAAGAGCCCUUUCCCCUUGCAGCCCAAGAACAAGCGCAGUUACGCGCAGAAUGUUACCGUAUGGAUUAAACCAAGUGGCCUCCAGACAGACGUACAGAAGAUCUUGAGAAACGCAAGGAAACUCCCUGAAAAAACGCAAACCUUCUACAAAGAACUUAAUCGUUUACGAAAGGCAGCCCUGGCCUUUGGCUUUUUGGACCUGUUGAAAGGGGUGGCAGACAUGCUGGAGCGGGAGUGCACGCUGCUGCCGGACACGGCUCAUCCCGACGCGGCCUUUCAGCUCACACACGCUGCUCAGCAGCUCAAAGUGGCAAGUACUGGAGCAUCGGAGUACGCUGCCUACGAUCAUAACAUUGCUCCCCUGCAGACAGACUUUUCCAGUAGCAGCACUGAAAGGAUGUGAAGUCUCCGUUUUGGGAACUUCUCUAGAUUUUAAGACUCAAGUGGUUCAAAUUUUCUUGUCUUGUUUACUUUCUAGGGCCUCUUUAAUUAAUGUUUGGAGAACUUCUUAUCAAAACAGGGUCCCUUACCUCCGUCAGUGCUCUCUUAAAAAAAAUAUGUAGCUAGUUUGAAGUGGUUUUAGUCAGACCUGGAAACCGGGGAAAGUGUCCCAAAGUCAAUUACUCUGUGAAGUUACUCAGUUCAUGUGAGGAGAGAAAGAAAAUGCCAUCAUAGGCAGCAGACUGCUCGUGGCUUUUGGCCUCCCUAAAAUGUGGUUACUACAUGACUGAACUCCCUGGUAUCCUAAAAGGCAGCUACUUUAUACACCAACUUGAUUAGUCCAAAGAAAACAUGUGCGAGAUCAGAUGAUACACAGCUAAUUUCAGGGUGUUGUCACUCGUUUUAUAUUCAACUUGAAAUCCAGUCUGCACUGCCGUAAUGAGGGUUAUCACUUGCAUUGCAAUGCUUGUGCUUGUGAAAGUAACUUAAUCUUGCGAGACGAGUUUUUUUAUUUGUGUAAUAUUAAUAAAGAUUAAAUCUUCAUGAAGAUUUAA